AUGUUAACAUUUUUACGAUUUCAAGUUAGGCAACGAUUUCUUACACCGUUGACGAUUUUUCUGUGGAUUGUUUUUAUCUACUUUUUUUGGAAAAUAGGAGAUCCUUUCCCUAUUCUGAGUGCAAAACAUGGAAUUUUUACCAUUGAGCAAGCUAUUUCUCGAAUCGGUGUCAUCGGAGUAACUGUGAUGGCAGUUUUAUCCGGUUUUGGAGCUGUGAAUGCACCUUACGUCUACAUGACGGUUUUUAUGAGAAAAGUAGACCAGCAUGCGAUUUCUCAAAUGGAAAGGAAAUUGAUGCAAACCAUGGAGAUGAUCGCCAUAAAAAAGCGUAAAGUGGCACAGUAUGAGAGAGAACUGGCUCUCAGCGCAUUCUCGCGAGGAAAGGAUGAAAAUACUGGUCUCCUGCAUAGGAUUUGGGGUACGGUAGCAAGUGCAGCGUCUGGUGGUACCUUGAGUGACCAAAUAAGGCAACUCAAUGCAGAAAUUGUUCCCCUCAAUGAAUUCAGUCGAUAUCUGUUCCUUGAAGUUGUCGAAUUACGAAAUAUG